AUCGCCAUGUUUAAUACAUACUCAUCUAAACCUGAAGAUGUGAACGCUUUGUUUUGUCUUUAACCGUGAAUCCCUUUUGGAAAAGUCCAAAAUCGGAGCUGACAUGAAGGCACCUCCAGCUCCUCUCGGUGAGCCACCGGGUUCACCCCGCAGGAGUUAGAAUGGCAGGUCUGUGGAGAUCCUACCAGACCCUAAUGACCAAAUACCCAUGGACUGUCCAGAUCGUCACUGCUGGGUCUUUAGUGGGUGUCGGUGAUGUCAUCUCCCAACAGCUGAUUGAGAGGAGAGGAUUAGCUCAUCACAAUGUGAGACGGACAGCCAAGAUGAUGAGCAUAGGAUUCUUCUUUGUGGGUCCAGUAAUCGGCAGCUGGUACAAAGUUUUAGACAGGUUGGUGGUGGGAGCAACGAAGAGCGCUGCCAUGAAGAAAAUGCUGGUUGAUCAGUUGUGUUUUGCUCCGUGUUUUUUGGGAGCUUUCUUGUGUAUUUCUGGCGCUCUGAACGGACUAACGGUGGAGGAAAACGUCGCCAAGCUCAAGAGGGACUACACGGAUGCUCUGCUCUCUAACUACUACCUGUGGCCUCCCGUUCAGAUCGUAAACUUCUACUUCAUCCCACUUCAUCACAGGCUGGCUGUCGUCCAGGUCGUCGCUGUUGCCUGGAACUCCUACCUGACCUGGAAGGCCAAUAAGAUUUGAAGAGAACUCGCUGCUGCUUCUGAUGAUGAUGAUGAUGAUGAAUUUACUCAUUUGUAGAUGCUAGUGUGUGACUUAUUUUACUCUUCUGGUAUUUCCAACGUGUAAAACUGUGACUGAGUCACACGUAAAGGUCGGGUCUAGUCCGUGUGACACAAUCGCACUUGAAAGUCAAACUUGCGUUUGCAGAACUGGCCGUGAAACUUGGUUAUUAAUGGACUUGGCAGUGGUGCUGCAGUAGAAACACACAUUAACACCUGCUGGUUUUCGCCCUCGCUGACUCGAUGAGCUCUUUUGAUAAUGUACUUGUGAUUUACAUGUUUGGUUUAAUCCAUUCCUCUCCUCCCACCUCGCUCUGGUGGGCGAGACUGUUCCAGGUAAUAAAAAGUCAGGAAAAAAACA